GAUUAUUUUUCAGUCAUCUAAUUCCACCACGCAGGCUGUUUAGCUGAGAAAAACCUGUUACGAUUGUUAUAUAUAUAGGCGAAUGGAUCUAAUUCGGCUAUCUUUCAGGAGCUAUCACAGAGAACCAGAUGUCCGACCUCUUCGUAGACAUAUCUCUUGCGGACAGAGCCGGCUGAUGGUUCCAGAUGGACGGAUGCCCAGCUCGCAGCAGCCGGGAAGUGUCAGCUUGGCUCAACGACCAUUAUGCAGCCAAGUGGAUCGGGCUGUGCUGCCCACUCAUGUGGUUGGUCUUAAGUCCAGGCCUAAUUAUUCUAUACUUCCUACUUCUGGAGGAAACUCAUGUCUUUAGUUUAUGACGAACCGAAUGACCCACGGAAGCAACUUGAAGAACAUAUAUCUGCCAAAUGAAGGAAAAAGAGUCAGAAUAUGCAGGGGGUUAAAACAGUAACAAUAUAUAUAUAUAUAUAUAUA